AUGGAGGGCGGCUCGGGCCCCGGGGAAGCCUCCCCGGACGACGCGCUGCUCUCGGGGGUCUUCUCGCUGGCCCCGGCGCCGACGGUCGCCUACGCCCUGAGCCUCACCCGCGGAGCCGAGCUGCUGAUGCGCGGGCGGGACGCCCCGCCGGGCAGCCCGGCCACCCGCCUGGCGCUCUCGGACUGCAUCGGCUGCUACGCCUUCCAGGGCCCGCCGCCGGACGCCUACUUCACCGUCUUCUGCUACCCGCUCCGCAAGGGCUGGUGGGACGCCGGCGAGUCGCGGCGCAGGCUGGCCCGCACCUUCCGCGUCGCGGCGUCCCGCGAAGCCAGCGAGAACCGAGCCGUCGCCGAGACCUGGGCGCGGGAGGUCAGGGAGCUCUCCGCCCCGCGCGUCCCCAAGCCGGCAGGAGCAGUAUAUGGACGCCUCCCUUCGCCCUGUCAAGUGAUGGUGUUGUUAAAUCCACACAGUGGGUCGGGCCAGGCACUGCAUCUAUUCAAGACCCACGUUCAGCCGAUGCUGACAGAAGCAAACAUAGCAUUCAGCAUGUUCAUAACUGAGAAACGCAACCAUGCUUGGGAACUGGUGAGGGAGGAGAACUUGUCCAGGUGGGAUGCCUUGGUCACUCUGGCUGGGGAUGGCUUGCUGUAUGAGGUGAUCAACGGCCUGAUGGAGCGUCCUGACUGGGAGACCGCUAUCCAGAAGCCUCUUUGCGUCCUGCCGGCGGGCUCGGGAAACGCCAUUGCCGCUUCUCUCAAUUACUAUGCUACCAAGACCUCCCUCUUGAAAGAGGAGCUGCUGACGAGCUGCACUUACUUCCUCUGCAAAGGCCUGCACGCCCCCCUGGAUGUCAUGUCCCUCCAUACCGCCUCAGGCAAGCGCCUGUUUUCCUCCCUCAGCUUCAGCUGGGGCUUCGUCUCAGAUGUUGACAUCACCAGCGAGAGGUACCGCAAACUGGGGAGCGUUCGCUUCACUCUGGGCACGCUGCAACACCUGACCACACUCCAAGCCUACAAGGGCCGUCUCUCCUACCUGCCUGCCGAAGAGCCAAGCUCUAUCUCCUCACAAGGGGAGCAGAGCAGCCUCUCAGUGCAGUAUGCCAACCCAGUCUCCUUCUGCAACGGCAAGUCCACCUGCCCUCAGCAGGGCUCUCGGCUUGAAGACUCUUUGCUGGCCCCCUUUGACCAGCCAGUCCCCAAAGACUGGAUUACAGCGCCUGAGGAGGAGUUUGUCUCCAUUAUUUGUAUCUAUCAGUCCCACCUAGGAACAGACCUUAUUCUGGCUCCCUCCGCCAAGCUCUAUGAUGAUGCCAUCCACCUCUUCUACAUGAGCGCUGGUGUUUCCAGGAUGGCUAUGAUCAAAUUCUUCAUGGCCAUGGAGAAAGGGAGCCAUUUGACUCUCAACUGCCCGUACCUCCAUUACGCGCUCGUGAAAGCCUUCCGACUUGAACCCUUUAUACUUAAGGGACACAUGACGGUGGACGGUGAGGUGCUGGCAUGCGAGCCAGUGCAGGGCCAAAUUCACAGGCGGCUGUGCCGUAUCAUCAGUGGUUCUUGAGUGUGUUGGGAGACCUCCAGGAAGCAACAUCUGUGCCAGCAGCAAAAGGCUUUGCAGCAUUGUUGGGAGUGUAUGUGUG